UUGGGGGUUGCCUGCGACAGGAACCCACUUUUUAGCAUAUUAGAACAGGUACAUAGAAAUCGCCCCUUAGACAACCUUACUCACGGUGGCCACAAAAACUGUCAUUCAUUUCUCCCUUAGCCACUAAAGUCAUCUGAUUGAUCGAGACACGCCGAGUGAUGGCACCUGAAGAAUGGUCUGACUACGAAGAUGCGGACGAAGUGCCUCUACAACACAAACGCCCUUUUGGGUCAGGGCUCAAGCGGAAACAAGUCGUUUUCGUCCCUGCAUCGUCGGGGAACCUUGACUCCGUCAAUGAAAGCAAACCACCGGAGCCCUCGAAGUCUGUUGCUGAUAUGUAUCUCAGCAUAGUACUGCCUACGGAGAACAGGGAUUCCUCUAUAGGUGAGACAAACGUUGCUGGCCUGGAUAUAUGCGACAUCUGCAAGCUUCCAGUGGAUGUGUCCUCGGACGGGACAGAUGCUGGGAAAUUACCGAGGCGGCCUCAUCAAGCGUCAAUAGCUCACCAAGUGUGCAUGGCACAUUCACAUCCACCGUCCUCACUAGACCGCUCUCGCAUGGGAUUGGGCGUAUUACAAGCCCAGGGCUGGGACCCGGACGCAAGAACUGGCCUAGGUGCUCUGAACCAGGGCAUUUCUUUCCCGAUCAAGGCGAAACCCAAGAAUGAUACACUUGGCUUGGGCGUCGAGGUCCCGAAAGACUUUGAGUCCAAAAAGAAAGAUAAGCCCCAGAUGCUGAACGCUAAGAAGGUACGCAAGAUGGCGACGGAAGACAAGAAACGUCAUGAGAAGCUUAGACACCAGUUGUUUGGAAACCCUGACGUGGAAAGGUAUCUGGGGCGCGGCAUCAGGUCAAGGCAAGGCGAUAUAGAGGGAUAGAUUUUUGUUCAGCAUAUGUAGUCAUUUCAAGAUACCCUUUUUUUUUCUACUUCACAUGGCAUACUGGUAUCUGGAAGAGAGGUGCCCUCCUGUCCGACUAUACAAGGUGGCAAUGGUAUUCAUGUUUCAAGACAACAACAGACUAAACUUCAUAUUUGCGACGCAUUACGAAGAAAGAACCUAUGGUCUAUUCAAGUCGGC